CUUCACCAAGUCACACUACCUACAGCUUGAAACAUGGACUUUUCCAAAUCAUCAUUGUAGCAAUCUUAGUCCUCAUCGACCUGAUCAUGAGCAAGGAGCAGCAGCCAUGGAUGCAGGGGAUCACGGACGAGCAGCGGAGCGAGCUUCGCGAGGCCUUCGACAUGUUUGACACGGAUUCAUCAGGAACGAUUGAUGCGAAGGAGCUCAGAGUCGCAAUGAAAGCACUGGGAUUCGAAACAAGCGCACAGGAGAUACGAGACAUGAUGGCGAGUGUAGACGUUGACCAGAGCGGCACCCUCGACUUCGAAGAGUUUGUGGAGAUGAUGACCAAGAAGAUGGGAGAACGAGAGGCAAAGCAGGAGCUGGUCCGGGUAUUUGCAAUCCUGGAUGAACAAGGCCGGGGCAUGCUGUCCUUCAGAGAUUUGAGGCGCUUGGCCGUGGAGCUGGAGCUGCCAUUCAGUGACAAAGAAGUAGAGGACAUGAUCCGCGUUGCAGACUCUGAUGGAGACGGGGAGGUGACGGAGGCAGACUUCGUGCGAAUCAUGUCUGCGGCCGCGUCCAAGUCUGUCUAAAAUCGCUGUGAAUGAAUUAUAUUUCCAUGCUUUUGCAUGUGUCUUAGACCA